AUGUCGACCACUCAGGCAGAAAAGAGCCCUGCCUCCCACGUGGAGAUUUUCCACAACGAAGACAAGAGCGCUGAGAUUGGAGUCGAUGAGAAAGCCCGAGAUGAGCUCCCUUUGGAGUCCUUUACGGCGAAAGAGGAGAGCAACCUGGUGCUCAGACAAGACCUGAUCAUUUUGCCACUUCUGGCUUUGGCCCUCUUCUUUGGAUACCUGGAUCGCGGGAACAUUGGGAAUGCGCGGAUCCUCGGCAUGCAAGAGGACCUCGAUCUCACCCCUCAGCAAUACUACAACAUCGUCAUGAUGUUCUUCCUUGGGUAUAUGGUGGUUGAACUGCCUGCUGGCAUGGCGCUGCGUUAUUUCCAGCCACGAUGGGUCUUUGGAGUCGCCGUCAUUGUCUUUGGAGUGUCUGCUGCUUCUGCUUCCGAAGCCAAACACUACGCCACCUUAAUGGGCCUGCGUGUCCUCAUUGGUCUGGCGGAAGCAUUUGCAAACAACGCCUAUAUCUUUGUUUCACUGUGGUAUAAACCCUCAGAGCUUGCUCUGAGGACAGCGUUGAUCUAUUCGCUUACGCCAGUCGCUGGCGCAUUCAGUGGCAUCAUUUCCUACGGUGUGGGCAAGAACUUGGAGAAUUCAUCAGGCAUUCGGGCGUGGCAAUGGCUCUUCAUCAUCGAAGGCGUCAUCACAGUGGGCAUGGGUUUUAUUAUUAUGGCAUUCCUCCCUGGCCUACCUGAAAGCGUGGCUCAGAAAGGUCACUUUCCCGGGUUUCGUGACCAAAGACAGCGCCAGCUGAUUCUGGCACGAUUAAGAACUUCCCAGAAUACUGAGGGUGCCAAGUUCCGCUGGCAACAGGUGGUCAUAGCCCUCAAGGACCCUAAGAUUUUUCUCGGAGCCGCCAUGAUUGGAUGUCAGGGAGUUGGAAUUGGUGCCUUUGGCGUCUUCCUCCCAACAUUCAUCAACGAAUUUGGAUUUUCGCCUCUGCAAACCCAACUUUAUUCCAUGAUUCCAUACGCAUUUGGACUUGUUGGCCUCCUCACCGGCUCCUGGCUGGCAGACCGUCUAGGACAAAAGGCCAUGAUGAUCUUGGUAUGCCUUUCAACCACCAUUGCAGGCUUCAUUAUACUGCUGUCCACAACAAACAAGGUUGCGCUCGUUGCCGGGGCUUGCUUUGUCACCACGGGCGCGUACCCGGGGCUUGCAAUUGGCGUGGCGUGGUAUCUGUCCUGCCACGGCGGCUACACGAAACGUGCCACGAGUAUCUGGAUAUGUCAGAUCUUCGUACAGUCCUACAGCAUCAUCUCGACCCAGACCUACCGUGAUCCGCCGCGGUUUAUCCUCGGCCAUGGCGUCUCACUUGGCCUGUACAGCUUGGGGGUCAUUUGCACGGCUGUCCUGUACCAGAUCUGCAAGCGGGCCAACGCGGCCAAGACGCGAAGGGCGCAGGGAUAUGAGGCGGAGGGAGUCGAGGAUCCUUUGGCGUCCAGGGACAUCGAGGAGCUUUGCGACUAUCAUCCAAAGUACAUCGUGUGCCUGGUCGCUGGUUUGGGCAUCAUGUUCGAGGGUUAUGACCAGGGUGUCAUGUCUGGAGUCAACAUAAGUCCAUCGUACAUUGACCUGGUCAAAAUCGGCGACGGCGCGACUGGGACAAUCACCAGGCCCACCAAGCAAGGUGGUCUUGUCUCGAUAUACUAUCUCGGUACCCUCCUUGGAGCACUGAUGGGCGGUGCUUUAUCCGACAAGAUCGGGCGGCGCAAAGCUAUCUUCUUUGGCUGUAUCUGGGGUAUCUUUGGUCAGUCGAUGCAAAGCGCUGCUCAGAAUGCAGCCUGGAUGCUCUGUGCCCGAUUGAUCGGUGGUGUUGGGACCGGCUGUAUCAGCGCUGUGAUUCCGGUCUGGGGCUCAGAGCUCGUCGCUCACGACAUGCGGGGAAUGGUGAUGGCCUUCGAGAUGUUCAUCAACUUUGCCGGUAUCUCCACUUCGUACUGGCUCGAGUAUGGCCUGAGUUUUCUCAACCACGGGAACACCGAGGUUCGAUGGAGAUUUCCUCUUGCUUUCGUCGAGAUUUUUCUGGUUGCUCUAAUGCUCAUCAUCCCAUUCAUGCCAGAGAGUCCAAGAUGGGACAUUGCCAACGGCAAGCAAGAGCGCGGGAGGAAAACCUUGGCAAUCUUUCGCGCUCGGGGAGAUAUCAACCAAGCAGAUGUCGUGGCGGAAUUCAAUGAAAUCGUCGCCGCUGCUGAAUACCCGGCUCGGAGCUACUUCCACUUGGUCACUGGAAUCAAGAGUGGCGAUCUUCACCUUGGACGGAGAGCCUUUUUGGCUGCCUGGCUCCAAAUAAUGCAGGCAUGGACUGGUGUCACAAGCGUCGUCGUCUAUGCUCCCACACUCUUCCGAAUUGCUGGCUUCAGUCAACACAAAGCAAACCUCCUCACCGGUUGUGCAAACCUGGUCACCAUGGUAUGCUGCGCUUUUGCGUUCGUGACCAUCGAUCGUUACGGCCGCCGCAAAGUCCUUAUGGCCGGUGGGUUUGGUCAGAGCCUGUCGUUCUUCAUCCUCGGGGCUCUGUCCAAGGUUGGGGAGGACAAACAGAGCCAGUCCAUCGGCGCCGCUGCUGGCUCAUUCGUCUUCAUAUACAACGCGAUCUUUGCGGCAACAUGGCUCAGUGUGCCUUGGGUGUAUCCUUCGGAGAUCUUCCCACUCGCCAUCCGAGCUAAAGGGAACGCGUUUGGCAUAAUUGGUUGGAGCCUGGGAUGUGGCUCUGUAUCUCUCGCGGCGCCCGUGAUGUUCCAGGCAUUAGGCCCGCAGGGUUUCUAUAUCCAUGCGGUCUUCAAUCUGCUGGCCGUGGUUAUGGUAUUCUGUUUCUACCCUGAGACCAGUUGCCGAACAUUGGAAGAGAUCGAUCUACUGUUUGCCAGUAAAACUCCGUUCGUCUGGGAAACGGAAAAGAAAUUCCAAGAGCUGAAACUUCAACACUCGGCCCUCGUCCGUGGAGGACAAGACGUCAAAGUUAUCUCCGAACAUCUUGAAGGAGAGAAAUAUUGA